AUGAUUAUUCACCAUCGAUUUCCACAAUCAGGAAGCCUGAGCAGUGGUGAUGUCUUCUCGAAUUCUAUAAAUCUGUUAGUUGAACAGAUUCCUUGGUCCCCUCCUCCCAAAGGAUUUCUAAAGCUGAAUGUGGAUGUAGCCAAGACUAGUGGACUAGGCGAGAUUUUGAGAGAUGAAGCUGGUUCGGUGCUUGGUUCUUUCCAAGAUGCUGCUGGUCCGGGUCCUCCUACCUUGAUGGAGUUGAAGGCAAUCAAGCAGGGUUUAAUCUUCUUUGAUUCCUUUCGAUGGUGCUUUAAGGAACGUUUAAUUAUUGAAAGUGAUAGUAAGUUGUUUGUGGAAUGGAUAAAGAAUCUGGAUAAAUGUCCAGGGGUGUUUGUUACUAUUGUUAAGGAUAUUAUUAAUAGGUUAAGGGUUUUGGAGGGUCUUAUUCGUUGGGUAGCUAGGACAGCAAAUAUAGAGGCUGAUGGUUUAGCUAAAUCUGGUAUUGGCUAA